AUGGAUGUCAAUUUAAGAUUAAGAAACUGGGCAGGGCUUUCGGAAUUGGUACUUGACUUGAUUUGUAAAAAGUUGCCUUCCUUCUCUGAUUGCUUACGAUUUAGCGUUGUGUGCAAGCCAUGGUUUUCCUUCGUAUUCAACAAUUGUGACGCCCUAAAACAACGUGUCAAAUCAGGUUCCCUUGAAGAACUUCCUAUAUUAAUGAUCUGUACGGAUCCAGACCAUAUUGCUACUACUAUUACAAGCUUAUACAGUGCGACAAAAGGUAAAAUAAUCGAAAACCUAACAAUACCAUUGGGUCUGCAGCUUUGGAAAUUCUGUGGUUCUUCUCAUGGUUGGUUGGCUUUUCAAUAUAUUGAAUGCCUUAGUAUCAUACUUUACAAUCCUUUCUCCACUAAAACAAUUCCCCUUCCUAAUCUUCAUUUUACAGUCCGUAAAAUUAUUAUAUCUAAGAAUCCUUCAACGAAUCCAAAUGAUUUUGAGGUUGUAGCAACGAUUAAUGUAUGGAACCGGCUUCAUGAGUUGGCUAUCCUAAAACCCGAUGCUGGUACCUGGAUUUUCACUCGUUAUAAUAAUAUAUUUGCAGGUGCUAUUUGUGAUAUGAUAUAUUAUAAUGAGACAUACUAUGCUGUGACAUAUGGAGGUAGGGUUUUAUGUAUAGACGGCACUAGUUUGAAUUUAAAGGAGAUUUUUGAACCACCAUCAAUCAUGAAUUCUUUUCCUUUCACAAAAUUUUAUCUCGUAAAGACUUCAACUUACGAGCUGCUAAGGGUUCAAAUAUCUUUUCCGAGGGACAAUCCCUCAAGUAGAGUCAAGAUUUCCAAGUUGGUUGCUAGUAAAACGACACAAAAAUCCAUGUUUUCGGAGUUGGACAACUUGGGAGAUGAAGCCUUGUUCUUGUGUGACUAUGGUUCAGUGUCUAUUUCGACGUCCAAAUUUUCAAGAUUUAUACCUAAUUCUGUGUACUAUGUGGACAAUGAUUUACGGCUUGAGUUGCCAGGGAAUCAAUUCAUAUUUGACAUCAUUCACCUUCAGUAUGGCAGCUUCCGCACUCAUUUUUCUUUCAAGUAG